CUUUCAGUUCCUCUGGCAACAAACCACACACUGGGAUCUAACAUUGUAGAGUACUUUUUUUUUUGCUUUUUUUUUUUUUUUUGGGAGGGGGGUGUGGUUGCAUAUUUAAACUCUCACACAUUUAUGUAAUGAGGACUGCAGUGUAGGACUUUUCUGCAGAAUACCAUUUGAUCCUAUUAAGAAUUGUCCAAAUGUUGGAGCAUUUGAUUGAAAAAUCCAUCUUAGCCAUUUCAAAGAUAGCUUUCAAAUGAUUAGAAGAAUUGAUUAUUUCUGCGACUCAUCAGUUCAUUUCCUGUAAAAUUCAUGUCUUGCUGUUGAUUUGUGAAUAAGAACCAGACCUUGUAGAAACCACCUUAAUCGUAUCCAGGAGUUUGCAAGAAACAGGUGCUUAACACUAAUUCACCUCCUGAACAAGAAAAAUGGGCUGUGACCGCAACUGUAGACUCAUCACUGGGGCUGUCAUUGGUGCUGUCCUGGCUGUGUUUGGAGGUAUUCUAAUGCCAGUUGGAGACAUGCUUAUCCAGAAGACAAUUAAAAAGGAAGUUGUCCUUGAAGAAGGUACAAUUGCUUUUAAAAAUUGGGUUAAAACAGGCACAGAAAUUUACAGACAGUUUUGGAUCUUUGAUGUGCAAAAUCCACAGGAAGUGAUGAUGAACAGCAGCAACAUUCAAGUUAAGCAAAGAGGUCCUUAUACGUACAGAGUUCGUUUUCUAGCCAAGGAAAAUAUAACCCAGGACCCCAAGGACAACACAGUGUCUUUCCUACAGCCCAAUGGUGCCAUCUUUGAACCUUCACUAUCAGUUGGAACAGAAGCUGACAACUUCACAGUUCUCAAUCUGGCUGUGGCAGCUGCAUCCCAUAUCUAUCCAAAUCCAUUUGUUCAAGUGGUACUCAAUUCGCUUAUUAACAAGUCAAAAUCUUCUAUGUUCCAAGUCAGAACUUUGAGAGAACUGUUAUGGGGCUAUACGGAUCCAUUUUUGAGUUUGGUUCCAUACCCUGUUUCUACUAGAGUUGGUAUGUUUUAUCCUUACAACAAUACUGCGGAUGGAGUUUAUAAAGUUUUCAAUGGAAAAGACAGCAUAAGUAAAGUUGCCAUAAUCGACACCUAUAAAGGUAAAAGGAAUCUCUCCUAUUGGGAAAGUUAUUGUGACAUGAUUAAUGGUACAGAUGCAGCCUCGUUUCCACCUUUUGUUGAGAAGAGCCAGGUAUUGCAGUUCUUUUCUUCUGACAUUUGCAGGUCAAUCUAUGCUGUAUUUGAAUCCGACAUUAAUCUGAAAGGAAUUCCUGUGUAUAGAUUUGUUCUUCCAUCCAAGGCCUUUGCCUCUCCAGUUCAAAACCCAGACAACCAUUGUUUCUGCACAGAAAAAAUUAUCUCAAAAAAUUGUACAUCAUAUGGUGUGCUAGACAUCAGCAAAUGCAAAGAAGGGAAACCUGUGUACAUUUCACUUCCUCAUUUUCUAUAUGCAAGUCCUGACGUUUCAGAAACUAUUGAUGGAUUAAACCCAAAUGAAGAAGAACAUAGGACAUACUUGGAUAUUGAACCUAUAACUGGAUUCACUUUACAAUUUGCAAAACGGCUGCAGGUCAACCUAUUGGUCAAGCCAUCAAACAAAAUUCAAGUAUUAAAGCAUCUGAAGAGGAACUAUAUUGUGCCUAUUCUUUGGCUUAAUGAGACUGGGACCAUUGGUGAUGAGAAGGCAAAGAUGUUCAGAAGUCAAGUAACUGGAAAAAUAAACCUCCUUGGCCUGAUAGAAAUGAUCUUACUCAGUGUUGGUGUGGUGAUGUUUGUUGCUUUUAUGAUUUCGUAUUGUGCAUGCAGAUCAAAAACAAUAAAUUUGUGAACAAUAGGAACAAGUAAGAAGACGGGUAUGCAAGAAGGAGCAAAGUGCAGCAAAUGAUUCUUCACAUUUAUGCACCAGCUACAUCAUGACCCUGGGUAAUACCGACCUACAGGAUGAAAAUUGGAUAUGCUUUACUUUUACAAAGCACACCUUAUCUUUUAGUUGAAGAAAUGGUGGCACUAGUUCUUUUUUUGUAUUAAGCAACUGCACAUUUCAAAAGGAUUAUUGAGAUGUUAUGAAAAUCUCUACCUUGCACAAAAAACUCCAGCAGCUUUUAAAAUUCAUCAUUUCCACAACUGAAUUGAUUUCCAUUUCUACAGACCUGGCUCAAGCACAAACCAGUUUCUUUGUGUUGUUCUGAUUCAAUAAUUGGUUUCUGGGUGGCCAAUUCAGAAGAGUGGACAUUCUCAACAAAUCCUAGGCCCUGCAUUCCUGCCAUCCUCAUCCAGGGGAAAACACCAUCAUCCUUCAAUUGCAACAGUCUCCAGGACCAUCAACAUAUUGCAUUUCAUGCACACCAAAUAUUUUGAAAGACAUUUAUAAAUAAUUCGCUUAUGACUCACAUUUCUCUAUGAAUUCCUUCAUACAGCAAGUAUAACUCUUUUCUUUAUGGGCUUAUAUAUUUUGUCACUGAUCAUGCAAAUGGACAACAUUUUAGCACACUUUAGCUAUUCAUAUUUUAAGGACUUUUAUUCUCUCUCUUUUCUGCAACUCUUCUGGAAAUAGAGUAAAUUUUGCUGUUUUUUGUACUCAGUUGCAACUUAUGCUUGGCAUCUUCAGAAUGCUUUUCUAGCAUUAAGAGAUGUAAAUGAUAAAGGAAUUAUUGUAUGAAAUAUUACAAAGAGUAGAAUAUGCAUUGUUAUUCAUUGUAAUAUUUUUUGCAUCAUAAUCGCCUCAUAAAGACUGGUUUCAACCAUUAAAAAACGUUCUUCCUUUAAUUCUUGUGCGUUUUCUAGUUCCUGUUGUAUCAUAAAAUGUUUAUCCUCAUUUUCUGUCUGAAGUAUAUUUUAUCUGAAUCAACAUUUCUUUAUAAAUCCAUAGUUCUUGCUGAAAUACGCUUUCUAAAUUUUGACCACUCUAGGCUAAUUUUUUAAGUUAAUUGAGGAACAAAAAAGACAUUUGGUUUCAUCCUUUACAGCAGUAGGACAAUUGUAAAGGUUUUCGCUUUUUCAUAAGCAGACACAUUAAUAGGUAACCCUGCUUUCUUUAGCAGGGAUUCACUUAUUUCUGAGAGUGUUAGUCCUCCUAAAAAGAAAGGGAAGACAAACCAAAUUCUAUCUUGUGUUUUACCCAUAGAAGGAUACAGGACAAAGGAGUAGUAACUGGCCUAUUUGGAUACUAAAAUUGAAAAUAACUUAGCCUCCUUAUGAGAGCUGCCAGGGUAAAUGCUGAGCAUUCCUUUGGAAAAGCCACAAACCAAGAUUCUACCUGUUUGGAAAGAUCUUUUGAAUCUCUGAAGGUGCUUAAAGCAUAGUUAGUGCCUCUCCUUUUAACUGGGAGGAUAAAAGUAUCUGUCCAAGAUAUUAAUAUGUAAGAUAACAUUGUAGAUAUGUUAUUCUGAUAAUACACGUUUUAUUUGCAUUAGAAUAUUAGGAUAUUUGUGGACAUGUCCAUCUAAUAUAAAGGUUUUUUUUAAUCAAGACAUGUAGGACUGAGUUAUAUAAUGUAGAAACUUCUACAGAUAAUUGGAUGAGAAUAUACAUAUUGACCUGUAUAUUAUGACUAAUCAUUACUCAAAUCUUAAUACAGGGAUGAUCUAAUAGCAUUUAGAUAUCAGAAAAGGUUUUGACCUAUAUGUCUUUAAUAUUGUUUGAAUACAUGUAUAAUCUUUAUCAUUCCUCAUUGUUUCAUUUCUCAAAUUCUGUAAAAGGAAUAUAAUUCCUUUUACAGGAAAGAAUUCAUACACAAAGACAACGAGAUUAAAAAUAUGCAGUAGGAAAAACAAUUAAAGAAGGGGAGGUUUUUUUACAUGAAAUCUGGGGUUUGGAAAUGUGUGUGUGCACAUGCAUGUGCACUGUGGUGGGAGUGGGGCAAUUUGGGGAAUAUGUUACAUGUGUGACUUUGUUUUGCCCUGGUGAAGUGAAUGUUGUUCAGAAAGGGUAAAUGUUUGGACACUUGCAAUUGUUCAUGGAUGAUUUUAUAUGUUUUAGUCUUAGAAAAAUUGUACCCUUUGGUAGAAGCACAUUUUCUUUCCAAAGUUGGUUAUUAACCACAGAAUUAUAGCAGUUACUCAUAACAGGUUUGAAAAUCAAUAGCAUCUGCAAAUGGAUUAGCAGAUUAGAGAAUCAACAGCAUCGGAAAAUAGGUUAAUGCAUAUUGCUUCUAACAAGUGCAUGAAGAAAUAGAAGAAGCUAUGUAGCUUUCGGUUCUGACAGAAAGGGGUGAAGGUGGGUAUCAUUUCAAGAAAAAAAUAUAGCUAUGCACACAAUGGUUAUCUCUGAAAAUAUUUGUGUUAAGAUGUAUACAUGGCCAGGCAUGGUGGCUCACGCCUGUAAUCCCAGCACUUUGGGAGCCUGAGGCAGGUGGAUCAUGAGGUCAGGAGAUCAAGACCAUCCUGGCCAACAUGGUGAAACCUCAUCUGUACUAAAAAUACAAAAAUUAGCGGGGUGUGGUGGCCCAUGCCUGUAGUCCCAGCUGCUCAGGAGACUGAGACAGGAGAAUUGCUUGAGUCUGGGAAGCCGAGGUUGCAGUAAACCAAGAUCACGCCACUGCACUCCAGCCUGGUGACAGAGCAAGACUGCAUCUCAAAAAAAAAAAAGUAAACAUGUACAAAUUUCUUAACCUGUUAUCAAUGUCUGAG